GACUAACCCUUUUUCAAAUUCCGGGUCACCAUGCUCUUUGUCUCUUCCUGACGAAUGUCGACUACAAAUUCGGCUCUGCCCCGAUGAAACUCCAUCGUCGACACUCAAACCUCGUGGCUUAAUCCAAUUCCAAGCUGCUUCAGAACUGAUAACUUCGACUUCAACAAGUAAUGGCGCUUAAAUCAUUCAUUGACGUUCAUCCUGACUCGCAUUUCCCAAUCCAAAAUCUUCCCUACGGCGUUUUCAAGCCCCACCAUCGCGGAGAAGCUCGUCCCGGCGUCGCGAUCGGUGACUUCGUGUUGGAUCUUUCCGCCAUCGCUAAUGCUGGUCUCUUCGACGGACCGAUCCUCAAGAACUCCGAUUGCUUCCUUCAGCCUUCUCUAAACAAGUUCGUGGGGAUGGGACGACCUGCGUGGAAGGAGGCUCGCGCGACAAUCCAAAGGCUAUUGUCCUCUGAUGAGCCAACAUUACGUGACAAUGACAGUUUAAGGGAGAAAGCACUUUUUCCAAUGAACAAGGUGGAAAUGCUUCUGCCUACUGUCAUAGGAGAUUAUACAGACUUCUUUUGCUCCAUGCAUCAUGCGAAGAAUUGUGGAACCAUUUUUCUUGGACCAAAGAAUCCAAUUCCACUGAACUGGUUCCAUCUCCCCAUUGCAUAUCAUGGACGUGCAUCAUCAAUUGUUAUCUCAGGAACUGAUAUUAUCAGACCAAGAGGUCAAGGUCAUCCUAUUGGCAAUUCUCCACCAUAUUUUGGACCUUCACAGAAGCUGGAUUUUGAGCUAGAAAUGGCUGUUGUUGUUGGUCCAGGAAACCAAUUGGGAAAACCUGUGGAUGUUAAUGAGGCAGCAGAUCAUAUCUUUGGUCUUGUACUGAUGAAUGACUGGAGUGCUAGGGAUAUCCAGGCAUGGGAAUACGUGCCACUUGGUCCUUUUCUAGGGAAGAGUUUUGGUACAACAAUAUCUCCUUGGAUUGUGACUCUAGAUGCUCUGGAACCUUUUGCCUGUGAUGCACCCAAACAAGAACCCCAUCCAUUGCCAUACUUGGCUGAAAAGAAAUCCAAGAACUAUGACAUUUCUCUAGAGGUUUGGAUAAAGCCUGCUGGACAGGAGCAUUCAUCAAUUGUAACCAAGAGUAACUUCAAACACCUAUAUUGGACAGUGACUCAACAACUUGCACAUCACACAAUCAAUGGUUGCAACCUCAGGCCUGGGGAUAUUCUUGGAACAGGAACCAUAAGUGGACCUGCACCGGAAUCCCUCGGAUGUCUGCUAGAGUUAACAUGGAAUGGGCAAAAGGCACUUUCUCUAAAUGGUUUAACUCGCAAGUUUUUAGAAGAUGGUGAUGAAGUCAUUCUUACCGGCUAUUGCAAGGGGAAUGGCUACAACGUAGGAUUUGGGACCUGCUCGGGCAAAAUUGUUCCGACUUCUCUUUGAGCAAAUUUCUAUUGCUGUUUUAUUCUGGAAAUGCAAAUUUGUCCUGCAAGCAUUUUAGAUUGUGAGUUAAAUAUGUGGGUUGAAACCAUCACAAGCAGGAAGCUACUAUUUGUAAAAGGCUUGCCUAUUGUUGUUGUUUGCAGUUAGAUCUCCUGUGGUUUCCUGUUCUUCAUUUUGAUUCCUCCACCAUUAGUACUUCUACUCUCAUACAUACUUCUGCCAGGAAUAUGAUAAUGGAUUUCCAGGAAACUUUUAAUUUUCC